UGGAGAUAGACGGCAGCAAAUAGCGAAGUGCGGAGAUCGGACAGAAAGCGGAGAGCGUGCGUUUGGGUUGUGGAUGUGUGAGACUGAGGUGUAGCGCGAUACGGUGGAAAACUGAGGCGAAAUAAAUUGUUAUUAACUUUUAACGUCUGUCAUACCGGGCACAAGAUUUGUGAUGCACUUGUGUGCAUAAAACUUUUCGUGUAAAAGGAGCCCAGCUUGUGCGCAGUGCUAAUUCUCCCUCCUGUUGCUGUGCUCGCGCAGACAAAGGAUAAGGAAUCGCCAUGCCUGGCAUGAAUUCAGCAGUGAAUCGUAAAGUGCGCGCCAUCCAGGCCAAGAAGAAACGGCCAAAGCGGCCGACGGCAAAGAUCAAGCAGCAGAUCCAGUCACAGGCGACCGGCGACCGGGCCAACAACCAGCACAAGAACGGCGACAACAAUAGGACCGAGUCGUCGCGGACGGAGGCGAGCGUCUCUGAGAAGGACAGCGCCGCCAGCGACGACGAGAAGGAGAGCGUGGGCAGCGACGAGGAAAAGGAGGAGGAGAUCCUCGGCUCGGACGAUGACGAGCAGGAGGCGCCCUCCGACUACAAACCCGGCGGCUACCACCCGGUGCAGAUCGGCGACAUGUUCCACGGCCGCUACCACGUCAUCAGGAAGCUGGGCUGGGGCCACUUCUCGACCGUCUGGCUCUGCUGGGAUAUACGCGACAAGCGGUUCGUGGCCAUGAAGGUCGUCAAGAGCGCCAGCCACUACACGGAAACGGCGCUGGACGAGAUCAAACUGCUCAAAUGUGUCCGUGAUAGUGACGAGGAGGAUCCGUCGCGGGAGCGGACCGUCCAGCUCCUGGACGACUUCAAAAUCAACGGCGUCAACGGCACCCACGUCUGCAUGGUGUUCGAGGUGCUCGGACACAACCUGCUGAAGCUCAUCAUCCGCAGCAACUACCAGGGCAUCCCCAUGCAGAACGUCAAAUCCAUCAUCAAACAGGUACUGCAGGGCCUGGACUACAUGCACACCAAGUGUCAGAUCAUCCACACGGACAUAAAGCCGGAGAACGUGCUGCUCUGUGUGGACGAGGCGCAGGUGCGACGGCUGGCCGCCGACGCCGCUCAGGUCCAGAAGAUGGGACUCAAACUGCCCGGCUCCUUCAUGGCCACCACACCGAAGCACCUGCAGCAGCCGGACCCGUCCACACUCACCAAGAACAAGAAGAAGAAGCUGAAGAAGAAGGCCAAGCGGCAGGCCAAGCGUCUGGAGCAGAUGGCCGAGCUGACGGAGCAGUGGGAGCGGGAGCACGCCGAGGCCGGCGCCGCGACUGCUGCCUCUGCCGGUCCGGAGCUGAACGGUGCCGCCCCUGAGAACGGCGCCGGCGGGCAGAACAGUCAGCCGGCGCCGGCGGCCACCAACGGGACGGGGACGGACGGCCUGCCGGCAGCCACCAACGGGACGGCGGCGGCGAGCCCGGCACCGGCCGCUGCGGAGCCGGCGCCGGCGGCAGCAGACCCGGCGCCAGCCGCGGACCCGGCGCCGGCCGCGGACCCGGCGCCGGCGGCGGCAGACCCGGCGGCAGCAGCAGAUCCAGUACCGGCAGCAGACCCGGCGCCGGCGCCACUGCAGAAUGGCGCCGCUCAGCCCGCGGCGGACACACAGGAGGAGACUAAGGUGAACGGAGACGCCGCCUCCCCACCUCCUCCGGCAGAGGGGGAGGAGGACAGAGCGGUGGAGAGGAGGAGGAGGGAGGCCGACCACCGCCGGAGGCCCGAGGACGAGCCGCACGACCCGCGCGACCGCACCGACCCCAGUGCAGAGGCCGUCAAAACCGCGAACCGCCAGAGUCUGGCCAACAUGGAGGUGGGUAUGGUGGAGCACGCGCAGGGCGGCGAGACGGUGACGCUGCCGUACGACCUGGAGGAGCCGGGCGCGGCGACACCGGCGGCCGGCGAGACGGCGGCGGACAGCGCCGGGGCGGAGCCGGCGCGGCGGGCCGAGCAGGGCGCCGAGCCGUCCCAAACUCCGGCGGCUGCAGACGGCUCGUCUCCUUCCCCAGACGCCACGGUUCCUGCUCCUGCUCCGGUCUCACCUCCUGCUCCUGUCUCGGCCCCGUCUCCGACUCCUGCCGCUCCCGUCCCACCUCCUCCCGCCCCGUUGUCGCCGCCGACCUCUGCUCCGGCGGCGGGCGACUCGCUGUCCGACUUGGCUCUCCUGGAGCCGCCGGCCCGCCGGCCGCUGCUGCCGCUGGAUGCGUGCGGGGACGGCGCGCCGCCACCCGCGGACGGAGGAGACAGUGACGGCUGGGUCGAUAUCGAAGAGGACGAGGAGGAGGACACGGACCCUGUCCCGGCGCCCGCUCCUGUCCUCUCCCCCGGCCCCACUCCCCGCUCAGUGGGACAGUGGGACGGACCGCCCGGAUCGCCCGGCGAGGUGGUCGCUCCGCUGCCAGACGGUGCGGGCGCGGCGCGGACCGGGGCCCCGCCCAGGAGGCCCGACCCCGUGCACGAGGUGUGCGACAUCCAGGUUAAGAUCGCCGACCUCGGAAACGCCUGCUGGACGCACCACCAUUUCACGGAGGACAUUCAGACGCGCCAGUACCGGUGCCUUGAGGUGCUGCUGGGCGCCGGGUACGGUCCCCCGGCCGACAUCUGGUCCACGGCGUGUAUGGCGUUUGAGCUGGCCACCGGCGACUACCUGUUCGAGCCUCACACGGGUCAGAACUACAGCAGAGACGAGGACCACAUCGCGCACAUCAUCGAGCUCAUGGGAGACAUCCCCAAACGGAUAAUGUUCAGCGGCAAAUACUCGCGCGACUUCUUCAAUAGGAAAGGCGAGCUGCGUCACAUCUUCAAGCUGAACCCGUGGGCGCUGCACGAGGUUCUGAUGGAGAAGUACGAGUGGCCCGAGGCCGAGGCGCACGCCUUCGCCGAGUUCCUGUUGCCGAUGCUGCACUUUGACCCGGAGCAGCGCGCCACGGCUGCCGACUGCCUGCGACACCCGUGGUUCGACUCGUUGUGACGCGGCGCGGCCCGGCCGCGGCCGCCGCCCCAGACGGCCGGUAUUUUUGUACGCUGAGCGGCCGGCGGACGCGCGCGGCGCCCCAUAGCCCAAUGAUGUGACCGGCGCCGCGCAGACGUGAUUGGCGCACGGUGUGUGCGUUUAUGGCGCACCUCUGCACCGGCCGACUGUGACGAGUGUGGCGCGCCCGUUCGCUGCGGGACAGCUGUGACGCGCGGCGGCGAGGAGCGGCGCGCGCGCGGCGGCCGCUCGGUUGUGAGACGGACGGUCCUCGCGCGGUGAAAUGAACUCUGCCGCCCGGCGGCCGGGGACGCCCUCUGUGAGACGCGUCUGCCCGGCGGCGGCCGGAGCGGGCCGCGGGUCCGACUGCCGCCUCAGUGACUGCCGGCGGCCAGCACUGCCCUCACCUCAGCCAGAGAGACGGACGGCCGGCCGCGACAGGACCGAACACAAACGACUGGACCUCCCACUGCUGCACAAUCCCGACCGGCCGAGCGGCGCCGCCGAACACGCGGCAACACGCCACCGGCACACGGGCUCGGACGCUUUCAGUGAAAUGCCUUUCGUAUUGUUUCUGAUAGGGUAGCGUUGCGUGUGGCGAACAGUCCUGACGUCUGAGCGGGUUUCAGCUGUCAUUUGUCGUUGAUUUUCGCCCGGCGUCCGGCCGGCCGACGGCUGCUCACGGUAGCCGAUAUUGAACACGCCGUGCUGAUGCUGUUCACGCACGGCCGCACUGUUCUCCCUACCUUUGUGGCUGGUUCAUGUUCCGUUCAGUUGCUGCUUGAUGGACCCGAAUCGGUAGUUAAUAUAGGUUUCCAUGA